UGUGACUAGUUUGAACUACCGUAGCCCGCUGCUGCUGUGCCAAACGUGGACCCGUGACACGUUUCACUGGAUUGCCAUUCCCACAUCUGCAUCUGCUGCUUUUGACCCGCGCGCUAUUGAGUGUUAUGAGACAUUCACAGCCUGGUGUAACUCCCACCUGAGGAAAGCUGGUACUCAAAUUGAAAACAUUGAGGACGACCUCAGAAAUGGACUUAAACUCAUGCUGCUGCUGGAAGUUAUCUCAGGAGAACGGUUACCUAAGCCAGACAGAGGGAAGAUGCGAUUUCAUAAGAUCGCUAACGUCAACAAAGCGUUGGAAUUCAUCACGAGCAAAGGAGUGAAACUGGUCUCCAUUGGAGCUGAAGAGAUUGUGGACGGUAAUGCAAAGAUGACUCUCGGGAUGAUCUGGACUAUCAUCCUCCGCUUCGCCAUCCAGGACAUUUCUGUGGAAGAAACAUCUGCCAAGGAAGGUCUUCUCCUGUGGUGUCAGAGGAAGACUGCCCCCUACAGGAAUGUCAAUGUCCAAAACUUCCAUGUCAGCUGGAAGGACGGCCUGGCCUUCUGCACCCUGAUUCACAGACACAGACCCGACCUCCUCGACUACUCUAAGCUCAACAAGGAUGAUCCUCUGGGGAAUCUGAUGGCUUUUGACAUAGCCGAGAAACACCUGGACAUUCCCAAAAUGCUGGAUGCAGAAGAUAUCAUCAACACCCCCAAGCCUGAUGAAAGAGCUAUCAUGACCUACAUGUCCUGUUUUUACCAUGCUUUUGCUGGAGCUGAGCAGGCAGAGACGGCUGCCAACAGGAUCUGUAAGGUGCUCGGCGUGAACCAGGAGAAUGAGAAACUGAUGGAGGAAUACGAGAGGCUGGCCAGUGAGCUGCUGGAGUGGAUCCGCCGCACCACUCCCUGGCUAGAGAACCGGACUUCGGAGAAGACCAUGGCGGAGAUGCAGCGCAAGCUGGAGGACUUCAGGGACUACAGGCGCCAGCACAAGCCCCCGAAGGUGCAGGAGAAGUGCCAGCUGGAAAUGAACUUCAACACCCUGCAGACCAAGUUGCGCAUCAGCAAUCGGCCCGCCUUCAUGCCCUCUGAGGGCAAGAUGGUGUCCGACAUAGCCAGCGCAUGGCAGGGGCUGGAUCAGGGGGAGAAAGGUUUCGAGGAGUGGCUCCUGACUGAGAUCCGUAGGUUGGAGAGGCUCGACCACCUGGCUGAAAAGUUUCGCCAAAAAGCCACCAACCACGAGAACUGGGCCAGGAUAAAGAACUGAUGCUCUCCCAGAAGGACUAUGAAACAGCCUCCCUGACAGAAAUCAGAGCACUGCUUCGAAAACACGAGGCCUUUGAGAGUGACUUGGCAGC